AUGGAAGAAAGUAUGCCGCUUUAUAUGACUAUAAAGGAAAGUAUUCGAUAUACAGAUGUGUUCCAUAUACAAAUGUUCAUCUACUGUUCAUUAGAUAUUGUUGAUGAAAAAGUAUUCGGUGCUAACAAGAGCAUGGAGUCGUAUUUAGGCCAUCUUAUAUCUGACCAGUAUUUUAAGUCAUUCGGGUACGUAACAAAUACUAAUGUGAAAAUGAUCAUCGUAACUCAAGUAGGAAAUACUACACUAAAAGAUCAGGACAUACGUUCGAUAUUUAAAAAGUUACAUGCUGCCUACUGCAAUAUGUUAUCAGAUCCUUUUUACACUCCGGGACAAUAUAUAAAAUCGAAGUAA